GAGUAUCGACUGGUUUAAGUGAGAAAGGAGCACUGACAACGCUUGCCAAUACUUCACUACUGGACACAUUAUUUCUUUCUUUAUCUUGAAUAUUUGUGACCUUCGCUGAGGAAGUUAUAUCUGCUUGCGAAGCCUCCGCGAAACGCUUGUGUUAUUCAUGACCUCUAUGAAGGAUCCGUUGAGUUUGGACCACCAUCACCACGUUGCCGGGAGUAAACACACACCGCUUACGAUGACCUCUAGUCUGCAACCGCUCCAGCGGUCUGUGGACUCGAAACACAGGCUGGAGGUACACACGGUUUCUGACACCUCCAGUCCAGAGUCCGUAGAGAAAGAGAAGGGGCAGAGUAAAAACGAAGAUUCGACUGAUGACCCAUCGAAAAAGAAGAGACAGAGGCGGCAACGAACGCAUUUUACUAGCCAACAGCUCCAGGAACUGGAGGCCACUUUUCAGCGGAAUCGCUAUCCGGACAUGUCCACCAGAGAGGAGAUCGCUGUCUGGACUAAUUUAACAGAGGCCCGAGUCAGAGUGUGGUUCAAGAAUCGACGGGCAAAAUGGAGAAAAAGGGAGAGGAACCAACAGGCCGAGCUGUGUAAAAACGGUUUCGGCCCUCAGUUCAACGGACUAAUGCAGCCCUACGAUGACAUGUAUCCCAGCUACACGUACAACAACUGGGCUGCAAAGGGGCUCACGUCGGCCUCUCUGUCAACCAAAAGCUUCCCCUUUUUCAAUUCCAUGAACGUCAAUCCGCUGUCGUCUCAGGCCAUGUUCUCCCCUCCUAACUCCAUCUCUUCAAUGAGCAUGUCCUCCAGUAUGGUUCCUUCUGCGGUCACCGGCGUACCCGGAUCAAGUUUAAACAGCCUCAAUAACUUGAAUAACCUCAGCAACCCCUCUCUAAAUUCGGGGGUUCCCACGCCGACGUGCCCUUACGCUCCACCGACACCUCCGUAUGUUUACCGGGACACCUGUAACUCCAGUCUUGCCAGUCUGAGACUGAAAGCUAAGCAGCACUCGAGUUUUGGAUACGCCAGCGUGCAGAAUCCAGCCUCCAAUCUUAGCGCUUGUCAGUACGCAGUGGACAGACCGGUGUAAGAGACGAUUGUAGAAUUUACAAUCCCGAAUCCCAGGAACGAGAGACUACACUUUUUGUUUCAAAGGCACUAGAAGAAUAAACCACUGAAACGCGUCCAAUCCUGUGAUGGAAUGCCAGGCGGGAAAUGGAAGGCGAACGUGCCAUUUCUAAUAGCCUAAGAUUAAUUCUCUACACUAGCAAUUGCACACAAGCCAGUGAAGAGUUUUUGA